AUGCAGGGAAACCCGGGACACAUUCAAUGCCAGCAGAGGGCACAGCCUUUGUCUGUAGUGAAAUGCACGUUGCGUAUAAACCCUGCCUGCAGCACAGUCUCCACUCCGGACGCCAGAGGUAAGAAUUCUUUUUUUAUUCACCGAUCGUCCUGUCUUUGCUUGUCCCCAUGUGUUUUCUGCCAGAGGAACCCUGCAUGUUAGAUUUAGGUGCCAAGAAGCUUUACAAUCAGUUAUUUACAAUGUGUAAGGAAAGGGAACUAGCUAGUAUUUCAGUGUCUUCCUUUUAUUGAUAAAUAAGUUGUAAAUUAUUUACGUUUAUAUUAUUCACCUACAUUACCAUGUUUCAUGACCUACUAGACAAACAUUUUGUGAGGUUUUUUUUAAACAUGGUGUGAUGUGAUUGGUUAUAUUGGCUAUAGGUAGAAGCAUUAGAAGGUAUAUGCUAAGUAUGUGACAUUAACCUGCAGUGAUUUGUUCUUAGCACAGACCAAGGCAGUUUAAUUACUAAACAAAGAAAUUAAAACCAAAUUUGUAAAACAAAGGCCAUAAUAAAAGACAUGAUAAAAAAUUUGAAAUUUGCUAGCUUGCUAUUUUUCCCUCAAUUUGACUAAUUUGGUUUUCAGUUCACUAAAUAAAUAUAUGUGUUCUCCCUGACUUACUAUACUGCUGCCGAGUAUGGUGGUCUUUUAUAAGUAAACUUUAACUAAUUACUAACAUGAGGCAUGCUCCUUGCAGACAGUGAAUAGUCUGACGUUUAUGAUAAUAAUUGUAAUUGGUCUUUUUUUAAACAAAUUUGGAUUUGGGGUUUUAAACCGAGAUGUAUCUUUGAGGUGGAAGAUUAGAAACAGAAGUUUAAUUAUGAGAAGUGAAUAUUAAACAUGACAAUAUAGGAAAUUAUUUUGUAAAAUUGCUCAUGUGCCAGCUUUAUAUAUUUAAUAGAUUUAUGGUGUGAUUUAUGUACAUUAUAUGUGCAUCGCGUGAAAUCAUCAAUGUAGAUCUGGAUAUGUGUGUGAAUACAAUGAUGUGUUCCAUUACAAUGUAUACAGACUUCAUACUAUAUACUCUGCCCUUACAAUUUACCUAUCAUUUACACAAUGAAACACCAAAUGAUACAUAUCUUCUAACACAGUCAUUCACAUAAUUGUAAACUCAUAUUGUAUACACAAAACCCAUCUAAUGAAUCUACACAUACGCUAUAUAAACAGAAUGCUUAUAAUGAAUCAACACAGUACACAUACACUGUAGACAAAUUACACAAACAGAACACUUACAAUUAAUCUAUAAAAUACACAUACACUGUAAACACAUUACACAAACAGAACACUUAUAAUGAAUCUACACAGUACACACACGCUGUAAUACAGUAUAUAAACAGAAUGCGUAUAAUGAAUCUACACAGUACACACACACUGUAAUACAGUAUAUAAACAGAAUGCUUAUAAUGAAUCUACACAGUACAUAUACACUUUAAACUAAUUCUAUAAAACAGAACCCUUAUAAUGAAUCUAUACAGUACAUACACUAAACAAAUUAUAUAAAACAGAACCUUUAUAAUUCAUCUAUACAAUACACAUACACUAUAAACACACUAUAUAAACAGAACACUUCUAAUGAAUCUAUACUGUACACAUACACCGUAACCACACUAUAUAAAACAGAAUGCUUAUAAUGUAUCUAUAUAUCCUUCUUAUAAUUUAUCUAUAAAGCACAGGUAAUGUAAACAGACUGUAUAUAAUAUAACUACAUCCCUUCUAAUGUAAACACACAUAUAUCUAUAUCCCUUCUUAUAAUGUAAACACUCAGUAUAUACUUUAACUAUAUCCCUUCUAAUAAUGUAAGCAGACAGUAUAUAAUAUAAAUAUAUAUUUCUUGUUAUAAUGUAAAAACGACAUAUAUAAUAAAAAUAUAUCCCUUCUUAUAAUGUAAACACACAGCAUAUAAUGUAAAUAUAUCCCCUCUUAUAAUGUAAACACACAUUAUAUAAUAUAAAUAUACCCCUUUUUAUAAUGUAAACACUCAGUAUAUAAUAUAACUAUAUCCCUUCUUAUAAUGUAAACAGACUGUAUAUAAUAUAAUUAUAUCCCUUCUUAUAAUGUAAACACUCAGUAUAUAAUAUAACUAUAUCCCUUCUUAUAAUGUAAACAGACUGUAUAUAAUAUAAUUAUAUCCCUUCUUAUAAUGUAAACACGCAGCAUAUAAUAUAAAUAUAUCCGUUUUUAUAAUGUAAACACUCAGUAUAUAAUAUAUAUAUAUAUAUAUAAAAUCCUUCUUAUAAUGUAAAGAGACUGUUUAUAAUACAACUAUAUCCCUUCUUAUAAUGUAAACACACAGUAUAUAAACAUAUCUCUUUUUAUAAUGUAAACACUCAGUAUAUAAUAUAUAUAUAUAUAUCCCUUCUUAUAAUGUAAACACUCAGAAUAUACUUUAACUAUAUCCCUUCUAAUAAUGUAAGCAGACAGUAUAUAAUAUAAAUAUAUACCGGUAUUUCUUCUUAUAAUGUAAAAACGACAUAUAUAAUAAAAAUAUAUCCCUUCUUAUAAUGUAAACACACAGCAUAUAAUGUAAAUAUAUCCCCUCUUAUAAUGUAAACACACAUUAUUUAAUAUAAAUAUACCCAUUCUUAUAAUGUAAACACUCAGUAUAUAAUAUAAUUAUAUCCCUUCUUAUAAUGUAAACAGACAGUAUAUAAUAUAAUUAUAUCCCUUCUUAUAAUGUAAACACGCAGCAUAUAAUAUAAAUAUAUCCGUUUUUAUAAUGUAAACACUCAGUAUAUAAUAUAUAUAUAUAUAUAUAUAUAUAUAUAUAAUCCUUCUUAUAAUGUAAAGAGACUGUUUAUAAUACAACUAUAUCCCUUCUUAUAAUGUAAACACACAGUAUAUAAACAUAUCUCUUUUUAUAAUGUAAACACUCAGUAUAUAAUAUAUAUAUAUAUAUAUAUAUAUAUUUAUAUCCCUUCUUAUAAUGUAAACAGACUGUUUAUAAUAUAACUAUAUCCCUCCCAUCUUAUAAUGUAAACAAAAUGUUUAUGAUAUAACUAUAUCCUUCCUUACAAUGUGAACACACAGCAUAUAAUAUAAAUAUAUCCCAUCUUAUAAUGUAAACAAAAUGUUUAUGAUAUAACUAUAUCCUUCCUUACAAUGUGAACACACAGCAUAUAAUAUAAAUAUAUCCCAUCUUAUAAUGUAAACAAAAUGUUUAUGAUAUAACUAUAUCCUUCCUUACAAUGUGAACACACAGCAUAUAAUAUAAAUAUAUCCCUUAUUAUAAUGUAAACAGACUGUAUAUAAUGUAACUAUAUCCCUUCUUAUAAUGUAAACACACUGUUUAUAAUAUAACUAUAUACUUUCUUACAAUGUAAACACAUAGCAGAAUAUAAAUAUAUCCCUUCUGAUAAUGUAAACACACUGUUUAUAAUAUAACUAUAUCCCUUCUUAUAAUGUAAACACACUGUUUAUAAUAUAUAAUUAUAUCCCUUCUUAUAAUGUAAACAGACUGUAUAUAAUAUAACUGUAUCCCUUCUUAUAAUGUAAACACACUGUUUAUAAUAUAAAUAUAUCUCUUCUUAUAAUGUAAACACACUGUUUAUAAUAUAACUAUAUCCCUUCUUAUAAUGUAAACACACUGUUUAUAAUAUAUAAUUAUAUCCCUUCUUAUAAUGUAAACAGACUGUAUAUAAUAUAAAAAUAUAACUGUCUCCCUUCUUAUAAUGUAAACAGACUGUAUAUAACUAUAUCCCUUCUUAUAAUGUAAACACACAUCAUAUAAUGUAAAUAUAUGUAUACAGCACAUUGUAAUGUAUCUAUAGACUCUACAUUCUCUAAUCUGCUCUCUGGAUCUGAUCUCUGUUUGGGUAACAUACUUCUUUAUAAAUCCAUAUGGAACUGACAGAUUAUGGAAUGUAAAGAAGUAUGUAUCUCAGGCUGGGACCCGCGGCUCCGAGAUAUGUUGGACUUCACCUCAUAAUAAUCCGAACUCCUAGUAACGCUCAAUCCCUGUGGCCCCUUGCAUGCUGUGGGCCUCAGGAUUUUUUUAGAGUUUGUAUUAACUAAUAUUUUCCAGCACAUUGUUUGAGGAUUCAUUUUCUGCAUGAAUCCAAUGUCCAUAUUUCAAUAUAUACAGCACAAUACACCUCACUGCAUCUAAAGCAAUACAUGUAAGGGAACGCAUAUUAAAGAAAGUAAGGAACAUCUAAAGUUCAGUAAUGUCCAGUCAUCAGAUAUCUCCAGUAACAGAACACAAAGUGAGAUUGUCUUCUGGCUGGUGGUUAUACCAAGUUUACCAGCCCUCACAGUAAUGCCAUAGACAAUGCACACAGUAUGGCCAGAUUAAAUCACUGCACUCCUGCACAAUGUAUUUGUUCAUAAUCCAGUUCUAUUAAAGGUACAGCCUUACCUCCUGUGCACUGAUAUAGCCUGACACACAAGGCACCCAUCAUUUUAUAACCCCAUAGGCUACAACAGAUAAAAAAAGUCAGUCAUACAUCUCUGUGCCAGAUUAGUAGAAAAUAAUUUGCACAAACAUGUGCUAAAAAAAUGCCCAGGUUAAAAUAGAAAGAUUGAAACUAGAAAAAGCCCUGAGCAAGCAGCCUGGGAGAGGAGUCAAUUGAUGAUCUUGUACUUGUGUGUAUUGUUGUACCACUUUGACUGUGUCAGCAGGUGGAACUGCUUGUCAGGACAUUAAAUAUUCAGAGAGCUGACUGCGGCACAGCCAGUGAGAGAGCAAACUGUCCAUGCUUUCAUUCCUAAAGUCCAGAGGCCUCGACACAUUGCUUUCAUGACUGCUCCCUUUUCCCACCAGAUAAAAACUGACAUCAGUCCAGCUGUCGCUUGCAAUGCCUGCUUUUCUGCUUUAUUUGAAGUGGUUGUUAAGCAUCUAAAUGUAAAUAACAAUUGUUAUUAAUAUUAUUAUUUAUAAAGCACCAACAGAUUCCGCAGCGCUGUACAAUGCGUGGACUGAGAGACACAUAGUUGAAAUCAGACAAGAUGGACGCACAGGAACAGAGGGGUUGAGGGCUGCUCUAUCAGUAUACAUGUUAGAGCUAGUGAGGUAUUGUAACCGAGUAAACUUGCAGAAGCCAGACACAGAGAGAUGGAUGCAGGUUUUCAGGAAGUAAGAGGUCUUUAUUAACAUACCAAAGAUGAACUAACGUUCCAAAACAGGUCUGAGGGCCGAACACAUGGAGUACAUGCUUUUUAUAGAACUAUAACUCCUCCCAUUAAUAGCUCCACCCGCACAUACCCUUAACCAAUCAGUGGACAGGAUUUGGAUUUCCUCAUAUGGGCAGACCACAUGGCUCAUCCGAAACAAAGGAGAAAGGAGUGUGAUUUCAGUUCCUGCACAUGCUCAGUACAUUGAUGACAGUAUCUUAGCUACGUGUAACUAACUAACUGAUACAACAUACACAUAUGCCACGUGGAAAUCUCGGCCUACUAAAUUUAUAUCUCACGAAAUUCCAUCACAUUCCCCCUUUUGAUGCCUCUGAUACAAAAUUAUUCCAGAUGCAUUACCAAUCAUAGUUUACCAACACCUCUCAAGUAGCCAUUGGACCAGAGCAGACCUUGUAAGCAUCACAAACUCCUUCAGCAUUCCUCAUCCUGAGUAUGUUCUCUUUGGGCUAGGGAUUCAUAUCUACAGACAGCCAUUACAUGAGCAGCUGUCCUUCUUUCUAUAGUACUCUCUAUGAUACUACGUAUAGAUCUGACCACUAAUGGCAGGGCAGAAAGAGACAUAAGAAUAUAAUAAAUACUACUCCUACUACUAACGCCUAAAUCCCUCCAAGCUGCUCAUACCAACUUCCAAAUCAACUACUAGGAUUAUACCUAUUCCAGACCUGAGUAGGUACAUGCGUCAGUUUAACCAUGUGGCUUGUAAGUUCAGCCACUGCCCGCCCUUCAUCAUCUAUGUGCAAACAACAGUUGCUGAGAUUAAACUUUCCGCAUACACCUCCCUCUACUGCUAAUAGGUAGUCCAGAGUUAAUCUAUUUUGAUAGAUAGCUGAUCUCAUCCAAGUAUUUUGCUUAGCUAGAAGAUUAAGUGCUUGAGCUGUCUCAUUAGUGAUAAUCUCAACCACCGCCUGUAGUCUUGUAAUACGGUUGAGCAUAUAUAUUGGGGUUCUAUAUCCAUAGGUACCAUAUUCUGCCCAAGUAGCAGGUCCAUAAUAAUUAAUAAUGCGUUGGGGAGGCCACUCAUCAUCUUCCCAGCUACCUAUAUUUAAGGAUACUCGCUUCUUUUUAUGAUUUACAUCAUAAACGUUAACUCCCAAGGUCUCUCCUGUCUCAAUUGGCAACAGGAAGAAGGAUGGUUUGAGCAUACUUAAUACACAUGCCCCUUCCCAAUCUUGUGGUAACUCUGAAUAUGCUUUCUUACCACAGAUCCAAUAUAAAUUCGCUGGGGCUUUCCAAUUGGAUGUAGCAGAUAAGUCAAACCAUACCUCUUUUAGAUGGGUGUAAUUGGCAAACGGAUUAGUAGGCUCUGAGACAUUUGAGGCUGACCACCAAGUAGUAUGUUUUAGUAUCGGCAUUAUAGGCUUUCUGUCCUAGACAUAUUAACUCGCCAAUAGGUGUGGUAUACAAUGGCCCUUUCCUGGCUAAACAUACAUGACCUAUAAUGGAGGUUUUUAACCGCCACUCUGAUUUACCUCUAGUACUUACUUGAUGAUCAGACUGAGAAAGUAUUUGUUGUUCAUCUGUCUCAGAACCAGGGUACCAUACUUCCUUAGCCACCCAUGGCCACUGGUCUCCAAUAUUAGUACCUCCACAUACAAAGCAAUUAGUUACAUUACGACUACUUAAGGCAAUACUCUCAGCCAAAUCAAUAAAUAGGUUCUUAACACUAUGGGGAAUUUUAUCCUCAACACUCAUCUCCUCAUAGAAGGAAUGAAAAACCUGAUGAGUUUGAGUUGCUAUCGUCUCAGUUUCAAGUCCUACAUAUAUUAUGGUCCCUAGAUUUCCAAACUUAUCAAUAAAAUGUUGUGGAUUAGAGAUGGUCAUAUGGACAGGAUUACAUUCCAUAGACUUGCAGUGUGGUUUUCUGGGCAACCUUUGGAUAAUCAUAUCUUGAUCCACUGUUUUUCCCUAGGUCACCCACGCUACACAAGACCAAUAUGGACAAAAUUAAAAUUCCUAUUUGGGCAAUCAGGAUCAGUAGAUCUCUUACUGGGACACAUAUUUAUCAUUAAACCCUUAAGUUCGUUCUCAUUUAAGAUUACCACAUACAUUGCAAGGUUUUCCACUACCCGAGAUCGCCUUACAUGCAUCAAAUAGUAGAAUGCCCGUAGAAUGUAUGGUAUUUAUCACAGUCAUAUUUAUCAAAGUCCCCUGGGAGUUACUGUUCCAAAUUACCAACCAAAUUGUACGGGGUUGGAAUUGGGGAUCAAAACAUUUAGACUCUCCUGAUAUUGGUUUGCACACACUGUAAUCUGUAUCUAAAUAUCUACACUUAGAUACAGAUCCCCUACACUCAUACUGUGAGUGCCAAAUGAGAGUUUGUGAUAUUUGGUUACCUGUUUUUGUAGUCUUAAUGCAGCUAACACAACUCUGUCCUCACCUUUAUCUGUCACGUCCUCACCUUUACCUUCCUGAAAAAUCACAAAAAUGCCUAAAUACAUAAUAUAACAUAUUAUUUCAGAAGUCCUCAUUUCUACUCUUCGACCGUGCAAUGGCACCUCAGCGAUUGUGAGGGCUGCAAGGAUUGUCGUUCUUCUGAUCCUCACUCUUCUUCACAGAGGUCCCUUCGAGACACUCUGGCUAUGACAUGUAGGUAGGUGGUCAGGCUUUAUUAUGGCCGUCAAAACACCUACUUGCUGAUAUCUGUUGUUACUUUCAACUAAGAUGUCCUAAUAUCUCCUCGUAUUAUUUCUCACUCCGACUGAGCUACCCACUUUAACCGGAUCUUGCAAGGAUUUUCAGAAUCUGGAAUAGCUUGCUAAGAAUCUGCCGCUGGUUUAACCCUAGAAUGAUGAAUCCACUGAGUCACUUCUGCCACCUAUAUAGCUGUUGGAGUAGAUAAAAGAACAACAUAAGGACCCCUCCACUUUGGACCUAAUGGAACAAUAUUCCAUUCUUUUAUCCACACUUGAUCUCCCGGUUGAUAGGAAUGAACAGGUGGAUAUAUGUUCACAGGUAACCUAUCUUGCACCCAUUUCUGUACUUCCUCCAUAGUUUUAUCCAACUCUACAACCUGCUGCCAAGUAAUUCCUUCACCCAACUGAUUCAAGUCCCCCCUUAGAUAACGGAGUAUGGGAGGUGGACGCCCAUACACGAUUUCAAAGGGAGACAGACCCAUUCUGGUAGGAGUACUACGUAUCCGCAACAGAGCUAUUGGCAAAAGGACAUUCCACUUGAGCUGAGUUUCCUGAUACAUUUUAGCCAAUUGGGUUUUUAUUGUUCUGUUCAUCCUUUCCACCUUUCCAGAACUCUGAGGUCUAUAUGAAGUUUCCACGUAAUACCAAGCACAUGAGUCAAUUGUUGUAAACACUGAUGGAUAAAGGCUGGACCAUUGUCUGAUCCGAUAGAACACGGAAGUCCAUAUCUGGGUAUAACUUCUCGCAACAGAAAUCGUACAACUUCUGCUGCCUUUUCUGUAUGAGUUGGACAAGCUUCUACCAAACCUGAGUAGGUACACACAGCUACCAACAAGUAACGAUAUCCCCCAGAUUUAGGCAUUACAGUGUAGUCUAUUUGCAAAUCUGACAUUGGGAGUCCUCCCAUAUAUUGAACUCCAGGGGGUUUGACAGGGCCUUGUCUUGCAUUGUUUAGAGCACACAAAACACAUCUUCGAACAAUAGCUUGAGUAAGAUUGGACAAUCUUGGUGUGUAGAAAUGUUCCAUUUAGGCAAUUCUUCCACAAUCUGUUUCCAACAAUCAAUAUACGGAAACUGAUCAUAGAAUUCAGGCCUACUAGAUACAACUGCGUGCACACGUUGCACUAGAGUUAAAUCAAGACUACCACGUGGAGGCCAUGCGGUCACCAAGAUAGGCCACUCUCUACUACAUAAUGUAGUCAAACACUUUGGGGAUAAUUUCACCCCCAAAUCACAAACUUUAUAUCCCUUUGCAAAGUUUUUCAACAUACAUGACAAGGGAUCAACAAUCUUUGAGUCAGACGCACCCAUACAGGCAACGGAGCGUCUAAUACAAAGAAACACAAUACCCCAAACACACUUCCAACGAUCACACUUGUUUCCCUGGCAACAGCACCACGUGGCACAGUUGCUAGGCCAAACACACACAAAAACACGCAGAGAAUUCUCGUACAUACAGUGAUAUCACAACGUCUCACUCACAAAGCUAUACCAAACACUAGAUACUUAUCUCUGUAACUAUAAAUGAAACCCUACAAUUAUCCACAUUAUAAAUCAACUUUUAACUAACCGACUAUAUCACAUUCUAGUAACCUCAUCUUUACAAUCAAUGGUUAUGGUACGGUUAGCAAGUGGUUAUAACACAGUUUUAAAGUCACAGAUCAGUUAGUAACAGUUAUGGUGUUACACAUAUAACAUAAGACAACAGUUUUUAGUAAUUUUUACAUCACGUCAGUAGUUAUAUUACAUGUUAAUGGUUAUAAUACUGUGCGCUAUUAUACAGUAUACACACAAUUUACACUCCCACUAGACGGCAGAGCGCAAGCUUUCUUGCGACAUACAAUUCACCAAUUCACCAACUACAGUAUAUUUAACAACAUUUACAAUAAUCCCAACUAUUCUAAUUGGGCAGCACCUCGAGAACUAUCAAACUAUUUACACCAGGAUUCGGUUAGUGUAUGCUGCCCAAGCACCACAUAUAGCGAACGAGUGGGCGGAAUUACAACAGUACCCAUUUAGUCUAUCUACUCUAUCAAUAGUCUAGUGGCUGAAUUUACAACCGGGCACACUUAGCCAAGAUAGGUUGAGAACUAGCAGACAGAAUGUACACCAAAAUCUGCUUAGUCUCGCUGGCCUCCCCGACCUAGCGACCGAAAUUUACACUUAGAAACGCUAGUCAAGACAGGACACCGGUGUCCAGCAUAAACUAUUUACACCAAGAUUUAGCCUGACCCAAACCACCUGUAUUAGACGGGCUGACUACAAAGCAUCUAAUUUCCAGAUAAGCGGUGCACAUUCGCUUCUUCCCUCCGGAGGGAGGGGGCAAUCCAAUAACCGGUUCCAAAUAUAAAACCCCUUGUGGACCUACCGCUCUAACGUUAUCAAUCUAACCUCUUCGUUCCUGAACCUGGGCUCACACUCAUCGACGGGGCACCCCGGUACUUACUACGUAAAGGUCGAUGAUCUCCUGGGCGAAGCAGCCCAGUGGUGCCGAGAUGAAGGGAUGUCCACGCAGAAGUUCAGGGGUGCUGCCGUAGAGAACGUUGGUAAAAAGUUUACCGUCUCAAAUCUCUGCGCCAGCUUCCAUGCGAUGAGGUUCCCGAACCCAAUGCACCAAAGAUGUAACCGAGUAAACUUGCAGAAGCCAGACACAGAGAGAUGGAUGCAGGUUUUCAGGAAGUAAGAGGUCUUUAUUAACAUACUGAUCGGGCCUCAGAUGAACUAACGUUCCAAAACAGGUCUGAGGGCCAAACACAUGGAGUACAUGCUUUUUAUAGAACUAUAACUCCUCCCAUUAAUAGCUCCAACCGCACAUACCCUUAACCAAUCAGUGGACAGGAUUUGGAUUCCCUCAUAUGGGCAGACCACAUGGCUCAUCCGAAACAAAGGAGAAAGGAGUGUGAUGUCAGUUCCUGCAUUCCUGCACAUGCUCAGUACAUUGAUGACAGUAUCUUAGCUACGCGUAACUAACUAACUGAUACAACAUACACAUAUGCCACGUGGAAAUCUCGGCCUACUAAAUUUAAAUUUCACCGAAAUUCCAUCACAGUAUAGUGACACAAAAGCUAAGGGUAAAGUAGAAAACUAUGGUUGCUAGAAUAGUGAUAUUAAUAGAUCAAGCUAAAUGACAGGCACUAUAUAUUGUAUUUAUUCACUAUUUUUUUUCUUUUAGAGUUACAGGUAUCUGAAAUUUACAGGAUUUGUGUCAUAUACAUUUUAUGCAAAUGAUUGCUGUGCAUCCCAUUUUCCUGGCUAAUCAUGGCAGCAUAUACAAAUGGGUUAGCGCUGCCCUUUACCACCGAUAGGACAGUAAAGCAGAAGGGUCUUUAAAAGGAGGAUAUAGUCCUAAGAUAUCAAGUCCUUUUCCUGUCCUACAGCUCUUAGGGUGGAUGCCUUUAGCUCCCUAUUUUUCUUUGAUGAGAGUUGUGAUAUUUAAUAUUUCCCUUUUUUUUUUAGUUAUCUUUAAGAUCGAGUUCACUGCAGGCUUGAUUUCCCCUCGGUUCCAGUGUUUUUCCCUGGGUUCCUGUUGUCCUGUGACCUCCUCUGGCAUCUAGUUGUAAGCCUGCUCCCAGUUCUCAGCCAGUAAAUUUGCGCUGAGCAUUGUGAAAACCCAUGCAUGUGCAGUCUUGUGCAAUUAUAACUCAGACUGCAAUUAAGCAAAUUGAGGGAUUUGCAAGUCACUGCAGUCAUCUUAAGGGUGGACGAAUGCCAAACAUUCUGAAAAUGUAGUUUGACAACCAGCACUAAGUUAUUUAAGGGCCAACGAGCAUUAGUUAGUGCUUUUGGCACCAAAUUUGAUUGGAUUCGUUAUUUACAGUGUUGCUUCUUACGAAGGGGAUUCUUGGUAUACUUGAAUAACAUUUUCCACAGGUUGGAACCAUACAUUGCUUUUUUCUUAUAUUAUACUUCAUUUUAGAUAUAUUUGAUUUAUACAUUUCUUUUUUUGCUAGUCCUUUAUGGCUUCUCCUCCUAAAGCCCAUUUACCACUUUCUGCAUUUAAGCUAAUAAGGGUUUAUUUGAUCACUAUUUUUAUAUUGUGCAUAGAGUCCCUCCUGCGAUUAUUCUUGAAUUACUUUCUAGUAAUGAAGAAAGGACAGUAUCAUCUACCCCAAGGAAACAAAGCGAGAAGUCCUUGUUCAGGCUGCAAAGGGAAAGCUGUUGAAGGAAAGCAGCUAUGUAUAGACUGUCUUCAAAAAGUAGUUGCUUCAUCAUCCUCUGCAUGUGGCAACUGAAUUCUUUGCAGAGGCAUCCCUAUAUAAUAAUUUUUUUAAAUCCCUGUAUUAUGACUUUUUCAGAAGCAGCUAGGAGAACUUUAUGGCUGCAUUACUGGGACGCUUAGUCUUUCUCCAAAUCAAAUGUAUGCACCAUUGCCUUUGAAGUGAAGCUUCUCUUCAGAAGGUCCCUAGAAGACUCUAUCAAAAGGUGGUUGAGGGGCACAAGGUCUUUUUUACCCCAGUAUAAGAGAACUAAAAAACAGAAACCUCAUGGUCGGAGAAAAGAUCACCAAGAGACCAACAUUUCCAGGUUAGUUGGGGAUACUAGCCUGGUAGGGAAUACAGUAGAGGCAUACUUUGGCAAGGUGGUCAGCCAACCUCGUCACGUUCCAGUCAUUUCGUCUUUCAGGGAAGAAACUUCAGAUAGAUGUAAUUUAAUUUCGCCCUUCAGGGAAGAACUUAGAUCUGGGGGAAGCCUCAGAUAGAUUGAAUAGCCACUUCUUGGAACAAUCAGAUCAGGGCAUUUUUUCCUGGAAAAUAUUACCCUAGAGUUCAAGUUCAGGAUGCUCUGACCCAACUUUUGAAUUUCAGACUGGCUUACAUAGUCUCUCCAAUACCACUGAUUUAGUAUUUAGUUUCUUCAGUUCUCAAGAAAAAUGGAAAGAGUAGGUGGAAGUCAUUGCAAUCCUUCCCUUCUCACCACCUUGUCUCUGGUUCCCAGUGGCAAGACGGAUGAGUGAAGAACCUCAAAGGAACUUCAAAUCCGUCCAGACCUAUUGAGUCAAGGACCCCUUCUACACCCAGAUCCGCAUUCAUUGGGAUUGAUGGUCUGGAGGUUGAGCGGGAGUCUCUAGUUGAAAAUGGUAUUGCAGACACUGUCAUUAAGACUCUCUUACAAUCUCGUAAGUACUCAAUUUCCUCUACUUACUACAAGAUAUAUCUGUUGGUCCCAGGAACAGAAUGUUGGAAUUAAUCCACCAGCCCUGUCUUCUUUUCAGUUUCUUCCAAGCAGGCCUGGAGAAGGAUCUUAGCUGUAAUACCCUGAAAGUUCAUGUCUCUGAGCUUUCCACAAUGACAGGGAUCUGUUGGACAUUGGAGGCAUUGGUGAUGUGUUUUAUGAAAACAGUGAUUAUGAUCCAGCAUCCAGUAAAGGUGUUUAUGCCGGCAUUGGACCUAUCUUUGGUCUUACAAGCCCUGAUUAGGUUAACACCCGUCUAUGUCUAUCCUUUCUCUUCAGCGGAGGAGACUUGGCAUACUUUGGAUGUGGUUAGAAUGCUUUCCCUCUACACUGAGAAGACCAGUUCAUUCCAUAAGCCUUCUAUACUUUUGUGUUCCGAUUUGGCCACAGAAUGGGUGAAACAGCCUAUACCUCCACAUUAUGAUAGUGGGUGGUAACAGCUAUUUCAAAGGCAUACCAGUGUCAAUCCCUCCCAGUACGUAAAGGUAUCAGGAUAUUCUACUCAUGCAGUGUUAGCAUAUUGAGCUUCUGUGGCAAAUGCCUAGCCUGACAGCAUUUGUAAGGCUGGCACUUGGACUUCAUUGAACACAUUUCUUGAAGCAGUACAAUAAAGUCGCCAAUGAGGCGCAAUUCGGACACCAGGUCCUUCACUUAUGACUUAUGACCAUUGCAUAGACUUAUAUUUCAAUAAACUUGUUUUGCAGCUAUAUAUGUCUUCAUAACCCCCCCACCCCGCAGUGUAAAACGAGCACUGUGCAUCUCACUAUAUAUGUAUUACUAUAGAAUGAGUACUGUGCAUCCCACUAUAUAGGUACUACUAUAGAAUGAGUACUGUGCAUCCCUUUAUAUGGAUGUUAAUAUAGAAUGAUUUUCAGUUAUCUAGAUAUCCUAGUAUUACUAUAGAAUGAAUACCGUGUAUCCAAUUUUAUGGGUAUUGUUGUAGAAUGAGUGUAACGGAUCACCUGCGACCCCGACUGGGUACCUCCGUUGAUGGAUGCUCCUAGCGCUUCUUGAGGAUUCCAAGCACUCUAGCUGACACCACAACCACCGCAGGCCAAAAUUCUCUUCCUUCAGAGCAAAGCAGAACGAGCUCUUAAAAGAGCUUAGGAGUGAUUAUAACAAGGGAAUAUGCAGAGCAUAGCAAUCCCUUGUAGCAUAUUCCCCCAAUAAGAGACAGGACUCCAAAUUGAGGGUGAAGUAGAACUGUCUAAAACUUUAUUUUACUUGGGACUAGCCCAUAUGGUCAUUACAUUAACAUUGCUGUGAAAACUCAAUAAAAUUACAAACAGUCAAAUCAUAGCAGGCAACAUACAGUGACUUAUUAUAACAUAAUUACAUAUUUAUAAAUGGGUGGGGAAGACCAUAAUUAACACAAAAUGUCUCUCCUGCAUGCAGAAUUAGCGAUAUGCAAAUCUAUCCAAAUAUGCAAAUUACCAGUCUUGCUAUUCAGGUCUUACAUGGCAGGAGGCUGGCAAUCAGUCUUCUCCAAUGCGAGGCUGGUUCCGCCACAAUGAGUACUGUGUAUCCCAUUACAAUGGUAUUACUAUAGAAUGAGUACUGUGCAUCCUCUUAUAAAGGUAUUACUAUAGAUGAGGACUGUGCCUCCCACUAUAUGGGGAUUACUAAAGAAUGAUUACCGUGUAUCUGGAUAUCCUAGCAUUACUAGAAAUGAUUAUCAUGUAUAUGGAUAUCCUGUGUAUCUGGAUAUCCUAGCAUUACUAGAAAUGAUUACCGUGUAUACGGAUAUCCCAUGUAUCUGGAUAUCCUACAAUAGAAUAACUAUAGUGUAUAUGGAUAUCAUGGUAUUUCUAUAAAAUAAGUACUGUGUACCUGGAUACCCUAGUAUUAUUGUAGAAUGAUUAGUGUGUAUCUGGAUAUCCUAAUAUUACUAUAGGAUGAGUACUGUGUAUCUUGAUAUUUGGGUAUCACUAAAGAAUGAGUACUGUGUAUCUUGAUAUUCGGGUAUUACUAUAGAAUGAGUACUGUGUUUCUUGAUAUCUUAGUAUCUCUAUAAAAUGAGCACUGUGUAUCUGGAUAUCCUAGUAUUACAGUAGAAUGAUUAGUGUGUAUCUGGAUAUCUUAGUAUUACUAUAGCAUGAGUACUGUGUUUCUGGAUAUCUGGGUAUUACUAUAGAAUGAGUACUGUGCAUUCCAAAAUAUUGUUAUAAUUAUUGUCCAACCCCUUAUUUUGGUGUUUGAUUACUGCAAGUCAUCUGGGUAUCCCAUCUGUCCAACCCCUUAUUUUGGUGUUUGAUUACUGCAAGAUAUCUGGGUAUUAAUAGAAAAUUAUUACUGUGUAAGUUAUUGGUGUAUUAUUUGUAUAGAACUAGUGGCUCAUGUCUGGACAUUGCAAUAAUGAUGCAGAAUGAGAAAAUAACAAUGUAGACGGACAGUUGCAAAAUGCAAGGAUUAUAUCAUGGUAUAGAUUUAUUUGUGUAGAAUGCAAAGCUUGUGUCCUGAUAUAGAAUUACCGGUGUAUAAUGCGAGGUUUGUAUUCUGAUAUAGAUUUAAUGGUGUAGAAUAUAAGGCUUGUAUCGUGAUACAGAUUUGUUGGUGUAAAAGGUGAGGUUUGUAUCCCGAUAUAGAUUUAUUGGUGUAAAAUGCAAAGCUUGUAUCUUGAGAUAGAUUUAUUGGUGUAGAUAAUGAGUCUUAAAUCCUGAUAUACAUUUAUUGGUGUAAAAUGCGAGGCUUGUAUCCUGAUAUAGAUUUAGUAGUGUAGAAUAUGAGUCUUGUAUCCUGAUAUACAUUUAUUGGUAUAGAAUGCAAGUCUUGUAUCCUGAUAAAGAUUUAUUGGUGUAAAAUGCAACGCUUGUAUCCUGAUAUAGAUUUAUUGGUGCAAAAUUCGAGACUUGUUGUAUCCUGAUAUAUAUUUAUUGAUGUAAAAGGUAAGGUUUGUAUCCGGAUAUAGAUUUAUUGGUGUAAAAUGCAAAGCUUGAAUCCUGAUAUAGAUUUAUUGGUGUAAAAUGCGAGGUUUGUAUCCUGAUAUAGAGUUAUUGGUGUAAAAUGCAAGUUAUAUAUCCUGAUAUAGAGUUAUUGGUGUAAAAGACGUGGCUUGUAUUCUUAAAUAGAUUUAUUGGUGUAAACUGCGAGGUUUGUAUCCUGAUAUAGAUUUAUUGGUGUAAAAUGCGAGGCUUGUAUCGUGAUAUAGAUUUAUUGGUGUAAAAUGCGAGGUUUGUAUCCUGAUAUAGAGUUACUGGUGUAAAAUGCGAGGUUUGUAUCCUGAUAUAGAUUUAUUGGUGUAAAAUGCAAGUUAUAUAUCCUGAUAUAGAUGUAUUGGUGUAGAAUGCAAGGUUUGAAUCCUGAUAUAGAUUUAUUGGUGUAAAAUGCGAGGUUUGUAUCCUGAUAUAGAUGUAUUGGUGUAGAAUGCAAGGUUUGAAUCCUCAUAUAGAUUUAUUGGUGUAAAAUGCGAGGUUUGUAUCCUGAUAUAGAUUUAGUGGUGUAAAAUGCAAGGUUUGUAUCAUGAUAUAGAGUUACUGGUGUAAAAUGCGAGGUUUGUAUCCAGAUAUAGAUUUAUUGGUGUAAAAUGCGAGGUUUGUAUCCUGAUAUAGAUUUAUUGGUGUAAAAUGCAAGGUUUGUAUCCUGAUAUAGAUUUCUUGGUGUAAAAUGCAAGGUUUGUAUCCUGAUAUAGAGUUACUGGUGUAAAAUGCGAGGUUUGUAUCCUGAUAUAGAUUUAUUGGUGUAAAAUGCGAGGUUUGUAUCCUGAUAUAGAUUUAUUGGUGUAAAAUGCAAGGUUUGUAUCCUGAUAUAGAUUUCUUGGUGUAAAAUGCAAGGUUUGUAUCCUGAUAUAGAGUUAUUGGUGUAAAAUGCGAGGCUUGUAUCCUGAUAUAGAUUUAUUGGUGUAGAAUAUGAGUCUUGUAUCCUGAUAUAGAGUUAUUGGUGUAAAAUGCGAGGUUUGUAUCCUGAUAUAGAUUUAUUGGUGUAAAAUGCGAGGCUUGUAUCCUGACAUAGACUUAUUGGUGUAGAAUACGAGUCUUGUAUCCUUAUAUAGAGUUACUGGUGUAAAAUGUGAGGCUUGUAUCCUGAUAUAGAUUUAUUGGUGUAGAAUAUGAGUCUUGUAUGCUGAUAUAGAGUUAUUGAUGUAAAAUGCGAGGCUUCUAUCCUUAUAUAGAUGUUCUGGUGUAUAUUAGAAGCAUGUGUUCUAGUAUUGAAAGAUGUGUCAGGAUACUAAUAGUUUGGUGUGGAAUAGAGGGUGAUUGUGAACAUUUCAGACUGCAGAACUGCUUCCUGCAUUAAUAGCCAGCUUGGUCACUAACAGCAAUAAUGCAGAAAACAUAGUGCAAGAGCAGACCCUUGCUGUGUUUUUAUUACCCUGCAUUCAUGUACAAACACUGCUACGAAAACAUGAAGCACAGGAGGGACACGUCAGUGAUACUUGAUUAAUCACGUGUAGUUGCUAGAGCUCAGUCUUUGCCGAUGGCAGGGAUCCAGGACAUAUAUCUUGCAUUGAAGGUACCGCUCUAUUGAGUCAAUGCAAACUGCUUAUAGUGAUUUCAAAGUUGGCUAAUGUCCAAUAUGUACAUUUUAUCCAUAUCCCUAUACCCCAGCCUCGGAACUGUCUUAGAAAGUGACAACCUUUUCUACGGAUUUUGCUGCAGAUUUUCUCCAAGAAACAAGCAGUUCCAAGUUCAGAAUAUUACCCAAGCACAUAUUUUAUUUUGGAAAAACUACCAGGACAUAUUUUUUGUCCACUGUACCAAGCUGCACAAUAUGCUGGAGGAUUAUGAAUAAAAUAAAAUAAUGAUAAAGUGUAUGAAUGGUACAAUUAUUGAGCGUAGCCUUGAAAUAUGAACUUAUUAAAAACAACUCCCCAAUUAAAACGGAGAUAUAGAUUGGCUCGCCGACACUGGCAUCGAAGGUAAAAUUCUGUGACGGGGCUUCUCAUGGUUAUUAUGCUUUAUAUUACGCUAACCGCAAAUAAUUUCCACUCAGAAACUGUUCUGCUAACAGAAAACAAAUAACAGACAGAAAAUUGCGUGAUACAUUUUUAAGGCACUUCCAUUUAAUUUGUAAAGCUGGUUUUGUUUAGGUAUUCCAGUAUAAUGUGCGGUCAGUGGUUGGCAGUGUGAGCAUAGGAAAACGCAGGCCUCUGUCCACGGAACAGGCAGAAACGCACAGGGCAAGGGAUGUUACGAUAUCCUACUGCUGCUAGUGAAACGCUUCCUCUUGUGUUGAAUGUAAACCACGAGUGCGUCACUUUAGCAAACUUUUUUAUUGUUUUGCACUACAUAUACUAUUUCAUUAUGUUGGUUAGCAGCACGUAAAAACCCUUUUGACUUAAAUAUUCUGUGAAUGCUGCUUACUGCUGGGAGCACUUUUCACAUAUUACCUACAGAAAUUCUAGCUGUUCGUAAAAUAUGGCCAAUCUACUGUCAGGAAGAAUGAGACAUUCACUGAUCUGGAGACUACAAGAUCAGUCAUAAAGAAAUUCUGUAUACUGUUGGAAGGUAAAUUAAAAGUGCUGACUGGCCUACAUACAAUUCAUUUAUUUCCCAAUACCAGUAAUCCUUUAGAACAAGCGGCCAAUGCAGAAAAGUGUGCCUGCAAAAAAUCUAAGUUAUUACUUUCAACUACUAAGGGAUGGGUGAUACAGAGUAAGGGGUGCCUUCGUGAAUUGCUUGAUUUCAGAAUAAAUUGAAAGUGGGUUAUUUCUACAUCAUCCAAUCAAAAAUUAAAGAAAAAAAUAAAGUGCUGUUGCUGAGUCAGCCUUUGAAACGCGCACGUCCGAUUGCAGGAGAAUCCAGCUCAGCACUGCAGUGCAGACUGUGAAAAGAAGGCCAGUGGACCAAGGCUUUCGGGUAAAACUGCAGUGCAUUCUAUAAGAUGGCAUUCUGACACUGGGAUUCAAUUACGAAAAUGUCAGUGCAGUCUAAAAAAACCGACAGUCCAAAGCUGGAGUCUAAAGGCAAACACUGCAGCGCUCUAUGUAAGCUGACAGCCCAAGGGUGGAGUCUAAAUGCUAAAACUGCAGCACUCUCUGUAAGCUGACAAUCCAAGGAUGGAGUCUAAAUGCUAAAACUGCAGCACUCUCUGUAAGAUGACAACCCAAGGCUGGAGUCUAAAGGCUAGCACUGCAGUGCUCUCUGUAAGCUGACAGCCUAAGGCUGAAGUCCCCUGGCUAACACUGCAGCACUCUCUGUAAGCUGACAGCCCAGGGCUGGGGUUUAAAGGCUAACACUGCAGCGCUCUCUGUAAGCUGACAGACCAAGGAUGGGAUCCACUAGCUAGCACUGCAGCACUCUCUGUAUACUGACAGCCCAAGGCUGGGGUCUAAAGGCUAGCACUGCAGUGCUCUCUGUAAGCUGACAGCCUGGUUAGCACUGCAGCGCUCUCUGUAAGCUGACAGCCCAAGGCUGUGGUGUAAAGGCUAAUACUGCAGCACUCUCUGUAAGCUGACAGCCCAAGGAUGGGGUCCACUGGCUAGCAUGGCAACUCUCUGUAAGCUGACAGCCCAAGGAUGGAGUCUAAAGGCUAGCACUGCAGCCCUCUUUGUAAGCUGACAGCCCAAGGAUGGAAUCUAAAUGCUAAAACUGCAGCACUCUCUGUAUACUGACAGCCCAAGGCUGGGGUCUAAAGGUUAGCACUGCAGUGCUCUCUGUAAGCUGACAGCCCAAGGAUGGGGUCCACUGGUUAGCACUGCAGCACUCUCUGUAUACUGACAGCCCAAGGUUAGCACUGCAGCACUCUUUGUAAGCUGACAGCCCAAGGAUGGAAUCUAAAUGCUAAAACUGCAGCAUUCUCUGUAUACUGACAGCCCAAGGAUGGGGUCCACUGGUUAGCACUGCAGCACUCUCUGUAUACUGACAGCCCAAGGUUAGCACUGCAGCACUCUUUGUAAGCUGACAGCCCAAGGAUGGAAUCUAAAUGCUAAAACUGCAGCAUUCUCUGUAUACUGACAGCCCAAGGCUGGGGUCUAAAAGUUAGCACUGCAGUGCUCUCUGUAAGCUGACAGCCCAAGGAUGGGGUCCACUGGUUAGCACUGCAGCGCUCUCUGUAAGCUGACAGCCCAAGGCUGGAGUCUAAAGGCUAGCAUUGCAGCACUCUCUGUAUACUGACAGCCCAAGGCUGGGGUCUAAAGGUUAGCACUGCAGUGCUCUCUGUAAGCUGAUAGACCAAGGAUGGGGUCCACUAGCUAGCACUGCAGUGCUCUCUGUAAGAGGGUAGGCCAAACUGGUGUACACUGCUAAUAAAGCAGUGCACUCUGUAAGGAAGGAAGCCAAAGCAAGGGGUUCACUGGAUGUAUGUGGGCAGCAGGGGUAAUCCUAUAGUCUAAGAUGGCUGGUGUCUAAUGGCCCCAGAUGUUACGUCCCAGGGAGGUUAAUGGCAUGGCAACUCUCUGUAAGCUGACAGCCCAAGGAUGGAGUCUAAAGGCUAGCACUGCAGCCCUCUUUGUAAGCUGACAGCCCAAGGAUGGAAUCUAAAUGCUAAAACUGCAGCACUCUCUGUAUACUGACAGCCCAAGGCUGGGGUCUAAAGGUUAGCACUGCAGUGCUCUCUGUAAGCUGACAGCCCAAGGAUGGGGUCCACUGGUUAGCACUGCAGCACUCUCUGUAUACUGACAGCCCAAGGUUAGCACCGCAGCACUCUUUGUAAGCUGACAGCCCAAGGAUGGAAUCUAAAUGCUAAAACUGCAGCAUUCUCUGUAUACUGACAGCCCAAGGCUGGGGUCUAAAAGUUAGCACUGCAGUGCUCUCUGUAAGCUGACAGCCCAAGGAUGGGGUCUAAAGGCUAGCAUUGCAGCACUCUCUGUAUACUGACAGCCCAAGGCUGGGGUCUAAAGGUUAGCACUGCAGUGCUCUCUGUAAGCUGAUAGACCAAGGAUGGGGUCCACUAGCUAGCACUGCAGUGCUCUCUGUAAGAGGGUAGGCCAAACUGGUGUACACUACUAAUAAAGCAGUGCACUCUGUAAGGAAGGAAGCCAAAGCAAGGGGUUCACUGGAUGUAUGUGGGCAGCAGGGGUAAUCCUAUAGUCUAAGAUGGCUGGUGUCUAAUGGCCCCAGAUGUUACGUCCCAGGGAGGUUAAUGGCAUGGCAACUCUCUGUAAGCUGACAGCCCAAGGAUGGAGUCUAAAGGCUAGCACUGCAGCCCUCUUUGUAAGCUGACAGCCCAAGGAUGGAAUCUAAAUGCUAAAACUGCAGCACUCUCUGUAUACUGACAGCCCAAGGCUGGGGUCUAAAGGUUAGCACUGCAGUGCUCUCUGUAAGCUGACAGCCCAAGGAUGGGGUCCACUGGUUAGCACUGCAGCACUCUCUGUAUACUGACAGCCCAAGGUUAGCACCGCAGCACUCUUUGUAAGCUGACAGCCCAAGGAUGGAAUCUAAAUGCUAAAACUGCAGCAUUCUCUGUAUACUGACAGCCCAAGGCUGGGGUCUAAAAGUUAGCACUGCAGUGCUCUCUGUAAGCUGACAGCCCAAGGAUGGGGUCCACUGGUUAGCACUGCAGCGCUCUCUGUAAGCUGACAGCCCAAGGCUGGAGUCUAAAGGCUAGCAUUGCAGCACUCUCUGUAUACUGACAGCCCAAGGCUGGGGUCUAAAGGUUAGCACUGCAGUGCUCUCUGUAAGCUGAUAGACCAAGGAUGGGGUCCACUAGCUAGCACUGCAGUGCUCUCUGUAAGAGGGUAGGCCAAACUGGUGUACACUGCUAAUAAAGCAGUGCACUCUGUAAGGAAGGAAGCCAAAGCAAGGGGUUCACUGGAUGUAUGUGGGCAGCAGGGGUAAUCCUAUAGUCUAAGAUGGCUGGUGUCUAAUGGCCCCAGAUGUUACGUCCCAGGGAGGUUCUGAGUUCAGUCCAGGUAUGUACUGGAUCUACCAAGCCUCAGAUGGGAGGUCCUGGGGAGAUUCUUAGCUCAGUCCUGGUAUGUACUGGAAUUAUUGAGCACAGACUGUAGGUCCAGGGGAGGUUCUGAGCUCAGUCCUGGAAUGUACUGGAGUUACUGAGCCCAAAGGGUAUGUCCCGGGAGGUUCUGAUUUUAGUCCUAGAAUCUACUGGGGUUACUGAACCUAGAAAGUAAGUCCAGAAGAGUAUUUGAGUUCGGUCCUUGUAUGUGCUGGAGGUACUGUGCCCAGAUGAUAAGUCCUGGGGGUUCUGAAAAAAAUACCUAACUGUGAUUCUUAACCAUGGAUAAAACAGCCAAAUAGUGAGCCUUUUAGUCAGAUUAUUAUUAUUACAGUUUUUUUAACGACAAAAAAAUAAAUCUUAAAGGAACACUAUAGUCACCAGAGCCACUGUAGCUUAACAUGGUUCUGGUGUCUAUAGCCUGUUCAGAGAAAAGGCAGUGUUUUUUGCCUAGUAACUCCUGUAGUGACAGUCACUCCAACGGCUACUAAAGUGUGUCCUUUCUCAGUGCUGCACCUUCAUUCAGCGUCUCCACGUCUCCGCAGCGUCUCUACGCUCUGCACAAUGUUCCCCAUAGAGAUGCAUUGAUUUAAUGCAUCUCUCUGAGGAGAUGCUGAUUGGUACCGCAUUUUGCCAUGGAUGCUCAAUAGCUUCCCAAUGCUUUCCUCUAGGGAAGCAUUGUAUUGACUGAGAUCAUCAAGAUGAAUCAUCUCAGCUAUGGAGGCAUGCCAACUGCGGCAAGACGGGCUCGCCGUUGGAAAAAAGGUAAGUAAAAACACAAUUUCCAUGCGAUUGGAGGGGAGCCGGUGACCUGAACAUACACAUUCACUGACAGACAGACACACACAAACAGACACACACAUAGACAGACACACACUGACCGACAUAUGUACACACACACUUACUGACAAAUACACAAUUCUCUCACAUACUCACAAAGAUUCAUAAAUACACACAGACAAAUACAGACAUACACAUAUGACAGAUAUACACACACACACACAGAAAAAAACAUUUUAGCCACCCUCCUGUUUCCUACCUUGGAGGUGCAGGCGGGUGGCUUUCCUGCGUCCAGUGCUAGACAGCAGCUGGAUACAGUGGUGAUGGAAGCAGGUAAUGCAAGUGGGAUGCCACUGGUCCAGACUACCCCUCCUGUCUCUGUAUGUCUUAGUAUGUGCUCUCUGUGUGCCAGGAGAAAGUGAAGGGAUAUGAACUACUUCCUCCUGGAGCUGAACCAGCGCUGGGGAAUAAACGGCAGCUCUGUGCAAUGUGCUUGCGGUUGGACGUCUCUGCGGAAUGGGGCAGGCAGCAAGCAGACACGUCUUUACCUGGUGCCCUGUCUCCUUGUCAUUCCCCUGCGCGCCUCAGCACCAUGAGGAAGCAGUUACAGUUCCCUUUAAUUCCUCACUAGGACCAAAACUAUUUUAGUCGACAUGGCAACCAGACGCCUGGGAUUUGUCAAGCUCUGUUUUAAGUAACACUUUACAGUUAGUAAAUAAAAAUGCAAACAGAUGCUAAUAAGCGAAUGUGAGCUUACAGUAUAGGAGGAAGUGGGACAUAAGAAAAAUAACAUCACCAUGUCUAUGUUACCUGCAUAAACCACUGUGUGGUUGAACUGCAGAAAGAGAGAGAGUGAAACUACUAGUAAUGUGAGAAAAGAAGCAUGAUGGGUCUGUAGGGGCUUCUGAGAACUUGAGCAAAGAUAAAGAGGCAUAUAAAGAGAGCUAUAAUUUUGCUGCCCUAUAGAAGUCUUAUAGAUAAGUAUUUGUAAUCCUAUGACACGGGAAUAAAGGGCUGUGCCUAUGAAAUACACUGAACAAAAUUAUAAACGCAACACUUUUGUUUUUGCCCCCAUUUUUCAUGAGCUGAACUCAAAGAUCUAAGACAUUUUCCGUGUACACAAAAGGCCUAUUUUUCUCCAAUAUUGUUCAAAUAUCUGCACUUCUCCUUUGGCAAGAAAAUCUAUCCACUUCACAGGUGUGGCAUAUCAAGAUGCUGAUUAGACAGCAUGAUUAUUGCAAAGGUGUGCCUUAGGCUGGCCACAAUAAAAGACCACUCUAAAAUGUGCAGUUUUACUGUAUUGAAGAGGUCGGGGGGAGUCUGAAAACCAGUCAGUAUCUGGUGUGACCACCAUUUGCUUCAAGCAGUGCAACACAUUUCCUUCGCAUAGAGUGGAUCAGGUUGUUGAUUGUGGCCUGUGGAAUGUUGGUCCACUCCUCUUUAAUGGCUGUGCGAAGUUGCAAGAUAUUGGCAGGACCUGGAACAGGCUGUUGUAUACGCCGAUCCAGAGCAUCCCAAACAUGCUCAGAGUGACAUGUCCGGUGAGUAUGCUGGCCAUGCAAGAACUGGUUUCAAGAGCAAACAUUUCAGAAUGUUUUCAGCUUUCAUGAAUUGUGUACAGAUCCUUGCAACAUGGGGCUGUGCAUUAUCAUGCUGCAACAUGAGAUGAUGGUCGUGGAUGAAUGGCACAACAAUGGGCCUCAGGAUCUCGACACGGUAUCUCAUGUAGAUCGGCUUCCCUGAGAUGGUUUCUGACAGUUUGUGCAGAAAUUCUUUGGUUACGCAAACCGAUUGUUGCAGUAGCUGUGCGGGUGGCUGGUCUCAGACGAUCUUGAAGGUGAAGAUGCUGGAUGUGGAGGUCCUGGGCUGGUGUGGUUACACGUGGUCUGCGGUUAUGAGGCCGGUUGGAUGUACUGCCAAAUUCUCUGAAAUGCCUUUGGAGACGGCUUAUGGUAGAGAAAUGAACAUUCAAUUCGCAGGAAAUAGCUCUGGUGGACAUUCCUGCAGUCAGCAUGCCAAUUGCACGCUCCCUCAAAACUUGCGACAUCUGUUGCAUUGUGCUGUGUGAUAAAACAUUUGCAAUAAUCAUGCUGUCUAAUCAGCAUCUUGAUAUGCCACACCUGUGAGGUGGAUGGAUUAUCUCAGCAAAGGAGAAGUGCUCACUAACACAGAUCUAGACAGAUAUGUGGACAAUAUUGGAGAGAAAUAGGCCUUUUGUGUACAUAUAAAAAAAGUCUUAGAUCUUUGAGUUCAGCUCAUGAAAAAUGGGGGCAAAAACAAAAGUGUUGCGUUUAUAAUUUUGUUCAGUGUAGAGUAGGAAAUGUUACAAGUGGCGCAGAUGAUGUAUAGGUUAGGUAGUAAAGGGAUAAGGACAUAGAGAAGAUUGGCAGCAGCAAUGGCUACUGAAAGAGGAAUGGGAUACAGAUACUGAGACAGGAAAUGAUAAGCACACAUGCAAGCAAUAUUUGUAAUGAGAAAGUGAUAAGAUUUGGAUAGAUUUGUUCAAUAUAAACCAUCAUUCUCAGCGCUGAGAGAGCUCUGUGUCAGUAUUAUGUACAGAAUGAAGGCAGCACAUUUUAUACAGGCCAGUCACUGUCCUGACUAUGACCUUGGUACAGCCUGUGUCAGCACAUUGCAAGGUUUCCGUGCUGGUUUCAGUACAAUAUGGUUGUAUCUGCUGCCCCCCUCCCACAUUAACAAAAGCUGUCAUAGCUACAGCCAGAGGUCUGCCCAGUGAAUUUAUAUUUGCAAAAGUUUAAACUGGGCUUGGAGUGUAAGGGAUUUAUACACUAAUGGUGACCUGUAAAGAAAUGACAACUUACAAAAUUUGUGGUUAUAGUGUAAGUUUGGAAACAUUGCCAAUGUUUUUUUAUAUAUUUGUUUAGUGAAUAGAUUCCAAAUGUAUGGCUGUAGUUUAGCUAUUUACUGCAACAUGCCUGUUUGUAUGAACAACAGAAAUAUAGGUUGGUGUUCUCCUGCAUCGUAACUGUAUUGUACAAUGAGUGUCCUGUAAAGGAAAACACAAUACAACAUAACCCCUACAUCUUGCAAAAGUGGUUACAUUGCCUUGGUGCCUUCCCAGAGUAAGUAGUCAAAACCAUUGAAGAACGCUUUAACAAUUUCUUUGGUUUCCUUAGGUACAAUUUUCAUGCAAUGAGAAUCCACUUAGCUCCACUGAGUGUGACCCUUUAUCAGGUCUUGCUUAGCUCAGGGUAGACAUCCAACUUCUUCUGCAUCCAAGGAAACCUAGGUGAGCUGCCAUACCAUUCUAAAACACAGUUUGACUACUUACUCUGAGAAGAUGUCAGGCCACUUCGGGUACCAUACGUACUAUAGCAGGCUGUACUGGUUAUAUUGCUGGUUGUUCUUAAAUUGCUUGAUUACUUACUAUGGGAGGGAACCAGGGAACUCCUGCCACCUAAGGUGGCUAUGGUGCCCAAAAUGUGUCUUUAGCAACUCUUGCAAAAUUCCUGUAUAAUAUAAAACCUGCAAUGUCCUGUAUCAUAUAACCCCUGCGAAGUGUCUGUAUCUGAUAAUUCCUGUGAUGUGCCUGUAUUUAAUACCUGCAGCGUGCCUGUAUCAUAUGCCUUUUCCAACAUGCCUGCAUCAUAUACCUCCUGCAAACGUGACUGUAUCUUAUAACUCCGACACAUCUGUAUCUAAAAAUUGCUACGACGCGCCUGUAUAUUAUAACUCCUACGAUGUGCCUGUAUCAUAUACCUCUUGUGAUGUACCUGUAUCUUAUAACUCUGACACGUCUGUUUCUUAAAACUCCUAUGACGCGCCUGUACCUUAUAACUCCUACAAUGUGCCUGUAUCCUAUACCUCCCGCGACAUGCAUGUAUCAUAUAUGAUACAGGCAUGUCACGGAAGGUAUAUGAUACAGGCACGUCACAGGAGAUAUAUGAUACAGGCACGUCACAGAAAGUAUAUCUCCCGUGACGUGCCUGUUUUAUAUACUUCCUGUGAAGUGCCUGUAUCAUAUACCUCCUGUGACGCGCCUGUUUCAUAUACCUCCCGUGACCAGGGCCGGAUUAACAUAGGGGCUGAUGGAGCUGCAGCUCCAGGCUCAUGGAAUAGGCCCAUUUAAAAAAAAAAAAUUUUUUUUUUUUUUUUUUUUUAACACACUACUCUUAGGUUUGCCAUCUGAUUGGUAUUUUACUGGCACAGCUGGUAUUUGAGGCUGCCUGGCCGUGCCAGUAUUGCAGUAAUACCGGCAAUACAAAUGCAGGUAUUUUUCUCAGAAUAAACGGAAAUUACUCUGCAAUACCAGCUCCGGCCAGGGGUCACUGUGUGUGUAGAGAGGCAGGGAUAGGAAGUUACAGCAGAUCCCUGCCUCUCUCUACUACUCACUGAUCCGUGGGGGAGCAGCAACACAGCACAGAGAGUCCAGACAGCAGCUCUACAGCUCAGGUAAGUGAGGUAUGGGGGGGAAAGGCAGCAGGGAGACAUGGGGAAACUGAGACACUAGGGGACACAUGAGGACACAGACACUAGGGGACACUGAGACACUUGGGGACACUAGAAAACAUGGGGACACUGAUACACUAGGGGACACUGGGAGACAUAGGGACAUUGGGACACAGAUACACUAUGUCCCCAUGUCUCCCAGUGUCCCCAUGUCUCCCAGCCAGUGUCCCUAGUGUCUCAGUGUCCCCAAGUCUCCCAGUGUCUGUGUCCCAUGUCUCUUAGUGUGCCUAGUGUCCCCAUGUCUCCCAGUUUUCCUAAAUGUCCCAGUGUCCCCAUGUCUCACAGUGUCUCAGUGUCCCCAUGUCUACCAGUGCCUGUGUUCCCAUGUCUCUAAGUGUCCCUGGUGUCCUAGUGUCCCCAAAUGUUUCAGUGUCCCCAUGUCUCCCUGUGUCUGUGUCCCUUGUCUCUUUGUCCCCAUUUCUCCCAGUUUCCCUAAAUGUCUCAGUGUCCCCAUGUCUUUGUGUCUCCAUGUUUCCCAGUGUCCCUAUGUCUGUAUCCACAAGUGUUUCCCAGUGUUGACAAGUUUUCAGUGUCCUCGGGUCUGUCAGUGUCCCCAGUAUCCUAGUGACAGUGAGACACUGGGGGACUGGGCGACAUGGGGACACUGAUCCUGUGAUACAUAGGGACACUGGGUGACUUGCAAGACUGAGACGCUGGGAGACAGGGAGACACUGGGAACAAUCCAUCUAUAUAGCAGAAUCAACUGUGAGUAGUUUGUUGGUGAUUUUACAGAAUUUUCUCUUAUGUGAUGUCACGCAUAACUAAUUAAUUAUACAAAUGAUUAAGGCUGGUAUUUUUUUUCCAAGAAAGGUGGCAACCCUAACUACUCUUCACAUACUCUUGCUUAAAGGAGCACUAUAGGGUCAGAAACACAAUCAUGAAUUUCUGACCCUAUUAUGUUAAAACCACCAUCUAGCCCCCCUGACCCAACUCUUGCCUCCCUAAAUGCAGAGGGUGGAGACACUGAAUGGCAGUACUGCACACUAGGCAGUACUGCCCCAGGAAGCACCUCUAGCAACCAUUUAAGGAGUGGCCAGUGAAGUUAUUUUCUCUGAAAAUACAGCGUUUACUGCAAAAAGCCUGAAUGGAAUGAUUCUACUUACCAGAACAAAUACAAUAAGCUGUAGUUGUUCUGGUGACUAUAGUGUCCCUUUAAGUUUGGAAGCUUAAGAGGGAUGUAUGGGAACAAAACUUGUGUGGACUGGCUUACAAUAAAAUCAGUUUAGGUAAUGCAGACGUUGGUCUCUCUAACACUGUGGCAUGUCCCCUUUCUUCUACAGUCACUACAUACACCUUUUCUCUGUCUCAGACUAUAUACCAGGAACUUCUGCCUGCUAGUAAGAAGGUAAGGAUACAAGUGGACAUGUGAGUGCUAGGGGACAGUCCUUAGAAAGCAUGGAGCGAGCGCAUCAUUAGACACAUUUAUGCCAAGCUCAGGGUGCUGCCUGCAUAGUAUGCCCUUAGUUGGACUGCAGGAUUGGCAGGCAGCCUGACAUGCAUUCAUGCCAGGCUGUCCUUCAAAUUCUUUGGAGAGACAUGCCCCGUUUUUGUUCUCCCAUUUUGGCAGGUCUGGUCACGUGAUUCGCACCAGAAGCACACCCUUUUACCCUGCCCAUUGACUUCCUGCUUCAUUGGACACUGCUGUUAGGGGGUAUGGAUUUACUUGAAAGAUGAAAGCAUAAAUUAGAGAGGGAUUAGCAUUGGGUAUGUGUUUUCUUAUAGCUGCAUCCUUUUGAGUUUCCCUCCAGCACCAUCAGAUACAUGACGCUUAGGAGGUAUGACUAUUUUAGUGUGUUUGGUCCAUAAAAUUCCGUAAUUAGGCCCAUCAAAAUUGUCAGCACCAGGCCCACCGGGCUCUUAAUCUGGCCCUGCCUGUGACGUGCCUGUAUCAUAUAUCUCCCGUGACAGGCAUGUGUCAUAUACCUCCCGUGACGGGCAUGUGUCAUAUACCUCCCGUGACGUGCCUGUAUCAUAUACCUCCCGUGACGUGCCUAUAUCAUAUACCUCCUGUGACAUGACUGUGCAAUAUACCUCCUAUGACGUGCCUGUAUCAUAUACCUUCUGUGACGUCCCUGUGUCAUAUAUCUCCCAUUACAUGCCUGUGUUAUAUACCUUCUAUGACGUGCCUGUUUCAUAUACUGCCUGUGACGUGUGUGUAUCAUAUACCUUCUGUGACGUGCCUGUAUCCUAUAUCUCCUGUGACAUGCUUGUGUCAUACACCUCCUGUGAUGUGCCUGUUUCAUAUACCUCCUGUGAUGUGCCUGUAUCCUAUAUCUCUCAUGACAUGCCUGUGUCAUAUACCUCCUAUUAUAUGCCUGUAUCAUAUACCUCCUAUUACAUGCCUGUAUCAUAUACCUCCUGUGAUGUGCCUGUUUCAUAUACAGCCUGUGACGCGCCUGUUUCAUAUACCUCCCGUGACUUGCGUGUGUCCUAUACCACCUGUGAUGUGUCAUAAAGCACAUAUAUAUAAUAUCCACAUAUUAUGGCAACAUUUUGAAUCUCAUAUUAUGAAAUAUCAAAUAUUCCAAUUUUACUUUUACAUAGUCGUUAUGUAACACAAAUGUAUAAUACAAAUGAUACAAAUUAAGGUAAGUCAAAGACAGGAACACAAAGGAUGGGUAGGGCUGCGCCACAAUACAACAAUACAAUAUACAUAUAUCUUUAUAUAGUUCUUGUGUAAGAUGCUUGAAACCAAAAAAGGUUAAGAGUCAGACGCGUUCUUUACGCUUCACCAGUGUCCGUAUAUGCAGAGAAGGGCAAUAAGAAAAUGAAGAAGCCAAAAGUGCAUUAAAUCUCACUGGGUAUAGAUAAAAUAGGGAAUAAAUGGGGUUGCACUCACAUUUGGUAGCGCUUAAACCAGCUCUGGUGUGUACAGUGUACAGCAGUAUGAUCCACACUUAAAGGAUAUGACGUGGGUGUUCUUGGUGAUAGAAGUAUCAGGAACCCAGAAUGACAGAAAUAAAAGGCAACAAUAGUGCUCUCAAUAAAAUUUUAAAUAGUAAGUCAAAUUAAUGAGAAUAGUACUCACAAAGAUAGAGCAGGCUAACUGUUCUAUGACGACAGCACAGGUGCAUAGGUGGUAUGAUCGCCACCUGGGAUUCUUUGGAGUAGAACAGGAUAAAAAUUGUAGAUGCCAGGUUGAUAGAAGGGUGAAAUAAUAAAAUAAUAAAAGAUAGUGGCACAAGUAGUAAAGUGAACAAAAUCUAUUUAUUAAUUAAAAAACAAAUUUAAUAUACCGUUUAUACUGGAGUAUAAGUCAACCCGAAUAUAAGUCGAGACCCCUAAUUUUACCCCAAAAAACUGGGAAAACUUAUUGACUCAAGUAUAAGACUAGGGUGAGAAAUGCAGCAGCUACUGGUAAAUUUCUAAAUAAAAUUAGAUCCCCAAAAAAUUACAUUAAUUGAAUAUUUAUUUUGUGUAUAUAAUGAUGCAGUGUGUGUGUGUGUGUGUGUGUAUAUAUAUAAUGCAGAGUGUGUGUGUAUGAAUGUAGUGUGUGUAGUGUGUGUGUAUGAAUGCAGUGUGUGUAUAUAAUGCAGUGUGUGUAUAUAAUGCAGUGUGUGUAUGUAUGAAUGCAGUGUGUAUGUAUGAAUGCAGUGUGUGUAUAUAAUGCAGUGUGUGUGCGUAUGAAUGCAGUGUGUGUGUGUGUGUAUGUGAUGCAGUGUGUAACCUUGGUGGGGGGGUGGGCAUUUUUAUUAUUUUUUUUAAUUAUUAUUAUUUUAACAUUAUUAUUUUUUUAAAUAUUAUUAUUUUAAUUUUAUUUGAAUAUUAAUUAAUAUUUUUAUAAUAUUAUUAUUUAAAUUUGUAUUUAUUUAUUUUCGUCCCCCCUCCCUGCUUGUUAGCUGGCCAGGGAGGGGGGCUCUCGUUCCCUGGUGGUCCAGUGGAUGGGCUGUGUAGGAGGGGGGCUGGCAGAGAGCUGUUACUUAUCUUUCCUGCAGCUCCUGUCAGCUCCCUUUUCUCUCCUCUGGUCCGGUCAGCUCCCUUCUCCUCCACUGUAAUUCUUGCGGUGUGACUGCCGUGCGGACCCCGCGGCUCUCGCGAGACUUACACUGGAGGAGAAAGGAGCUGACCGGACCGGAGGAGAGAGAAGGGAGCUGACAGGAGCUGCAGGAAAUGUAAGUAAAAGCUCUCUGCCAACAGGACCGCCGGGCUUGUAAUGAUAAGUUGCCACAAUACAGACACUCACUCGAGUAUAAGACGAGUGGGGGUUUUUCAGCACAAAAAUUGUGCCGAAAAACUCACCUUAUACUCGAGUAUAUACGGUACAUCCAAACGCGUUUCACCAUAAAAUGCUUUAUCAGUGGAGUAGAAGACAGUCAACCUGGCAAGAUGAGGUUUAUAUAGGCAUAAAACAAAUUUAAAUUGGCACCAUAAUGCUUUGUCCAAUAUAAAAACAGAUAGUGUUUGUGAAUAAAUAACAACACGGAACAUGUAGACAUUAGAAGAUUUAGUAAUAAAAGAUCAGAUUAUAUAUAAUAUUCUAUAAAACGAGCAUUAUUAAGUGUUUAAGCGGCUUCAAUUGCCGAAGCCCCUGAUGCGCGUCAUAAUGAUCUGGCCGCUAAGCAUUAUGGGGGCUGUAGUCAUAAAUUAAUCUAGAUACAUUUGCAGACGUGAGAGAUUGUCCCACAUUGUACAACUAGGCAUGGAAGUGGAUUGUUCCCAAUCAUUAAUAUGAUAAUGGGAAGGAAGGAUGAAGUUUAAAACAAUGUAAAUAAUAUAUAAAAAAGACGGUCGCAGCGGCCAUCUUGGUGGGGGAAGUGAUGAAUAGCGUAGGUCGGGCAAGCAUGGUGGCCAUAUUGGGUGCGGAAACUAAAUAGAAAUCUCCAAAGUGGCAGCCAAAAAGAGAGGAAAUAUAUAAAAACACAGUAAUGUAGAUAAAAAAUAAUAGUUGAAUAUAAUUAUAGAUAUAUAGAAGACAUGGUAAAGGGCAUGGUAAGAUAAAAUUAGACCAAAUACAGGGAACAACACACCUAUUUUAAUCAUAGCAGAGUGUUACUUAAUUAUAGUAAAAAAAAAGAAAUUAUGGGUGUAUGGAAACACUUAGUAGAAAACAUGAUCUAUAGGCAGAAAAGAAAAAGGUGGUAACUUUAGAAAAGGUGGUAACUUUACCUGAUAUAAUUAUUAAAAUCAUAUGACAAGAGAGAAUGCAUUGGUUAAAUAAAAUUGAACAAAUCACAGUCUAAGUUGAGACCAUUGGGAGUAAGAGUCUGUAGAUUAAAAAAACACUCCAUUUCACAUUUUCCAAGGAUAUUUUUUAUGUUACCACCUCUCCAUGGGGUAAUAUUUUUUUUUUAUACCAAUACAUUUUAGAUGUCUUGGAUCUUGGAUCUUUGUUGUGUAUAAUGAAAUAUUUAGAGACCGAGUGAUUGGGGUAUCCGUUUGAAAUGUUGCGGCAAUGUUCUCGUAAUCGUGUCUUGAGGCUCCUUGUGGUCAUUCCAACAUAUUGGAGAUCACAAGGGCAUUCUAAAAGAUAAAUAACAUUAUUGGUAUUGCAGCUGAUGAAAUCUUUAAUGGGGUAUGUUUUUUGAGUUCUGUUGCGUGUUAUUCUAACGUUAUUCUGGCGUGUUAUUCUAACCUUGGGGGCACUGACUAUAGAGUAAUACUGUAGUGCUCACUGUAUCAGAACUAAUUAUGGCCACUGCACAAUAUUUUAUAAUUCGUACACAAAUUCCAAGACUCCCAAAUUAUCACCUCUAAGCAGCUAGAACAACACAAGCAACUAGCAGUAAGCUGACUAAAAUAUGAAGUCUAAUGGUUUGUCUGAACACUGAAAAGUCUUAGUUUACAAAGUCAAUGGCCAGUUUAUAUCUCCAGACAAUGGACACUGGGCCUGAUGCUAUGGCCAUGCUGAUUUGGCAAGACACCGAACACGCCCAGCAAUCUGCAGCAAUACCGUCUUGCACAAACCCUUUGGACACAUAUUGCAUUUUCAUGGCAUCUCAUUUUGUAUUGAUUGUAAUGGGGAUGUUAGAGUUUUGCCAUAGAAAGCAGUAUUUGGAAUCUGUAGCUGUGCAAAAAUGCUGAGUAUACUACACUGUAUGGGAUUAUGUAGUCAGCAGAUGUUUUAAAACCUAUUUAAUUGUUGCUCUGUAAAAAAAAAAAAAAAAAAAAAAAAGUGUGGUUCGUGGGGGACAUGCUAGGGUGCCAGUUAUACAAAAGGAGGAAAGAAAGAAUUUCUCCUGUGAUGCGUACAUAUUGGAAUAAUUAAAUUUCACUAAUUAAAAAGUGAAAAGAGAAAAAGAGGACCAUACACAAAGAUAGACAAAACACUGCUUACCUUAAAGGAAAGACUACUACUGCAUUACUAAAUAAAUAGCUGUAUGCACAUCAAUUAAACUGGAGAAAGAAAUAACUUCCUGCAUGUAUAACAGAUUAUUACAGGUAAAACAGGUAUAUACUGUCACCUCGACACUUUUUUAAUAUAAUGAUUUUUUAAAUCAAGUUUUGAAAGGAAAUAGCCUUUUUGUUAAAUGAAGUAUAUGUAAUAAAAAAAUAAAUAAAUAAGGAACUCAUCCCUACCUUUAGUAUAUGACAGGAUCCUUCAGCCAUAAACAUGGAUCUUGGUACAGACAGUGUAUGGAUACCUCUAUAGUCUCUUUGAUCUCUAUGGUUAGUCUCUAUGGUCUUCUGAGCUUCACUCCCUGCACAGUGCAGUGACAUCAUCAGACCUAAUAAUUGUCACAUUCAAACACUGCCUGACCCAAGGUGCAUGUAUAUGGCUGAAGGAUCCUGUCAUAUACUAAAGGCAGGGAUGAGUUUUUCUCUCUUUUUUUCACAUUUACUUUAUUUAACACAGAAUUAAUUUCCUUUCAAAACUUGAUGAAAGGAUCAUUAAAUUAAAAUAGUGUUGAAGUGACAGCUCCUCUUUAAAAGGUUUUAAAAUUUUCACCUACCGCAGUGUUUUCUGUGCAUAAUCACAGAUACAUCAUAGAUCUAAGCAUUGUUUUCUGACUGCCAACACACACUACAGGAGAGCCAGAGUUUGAAAGUCCUGUAUUGUAAGUUUGUUCACUAAAAUAACUAAUUGUCCACAUUGCCAAUAUUCCAACUAAACUGUGAUUUUAGCUGAUAUCCGUUGAAGAAUUUUCCCUAUCAAAUAUUUUGCCUUGUUUUUUACAUUCAAAUCCCAGUUUGCUACAAUUUGGAGUUUAGUGUAUAAAACCACCCUCCUUCUUGAAGAUGUUACAAGCAACCACAUUAAGAAAUGUGUUAUAUAUACAUACAUACACACACAUUUUUUUUUUUAAACUAAAAAAGCAAGAUGAAGAGUUUGUGUAAGUUUGCUGAGAAAAGGCUGCCUAUUAUAUAGGGGUAGUUAGAUUUUAGUGCCAAUAAAUAGGUCAGUGUGCAAGAAAAAGCCACUAAAAUCUUUUAUCUGGCUUUUAUCCUACGUAAUCAGAAAUAAAUGCCACUAAUGUUGUGUCUUGUUAGUAAUUCCUGAACUGGGUAAAUGUAUUAAAAACUAGUCUUUAUGUAUCCAUACAGUUCUUUGGACUGGUUCCUUGUUUGAACUCCGAAACGCCUGAAAAAUCCUCUUUCAAUGAAUGCUUUGCUAAAGCUGGUAAAAUGGAACCAAAUCAACAGUUCAAUGGAUUUGGUCCCCUUCAACCAGCUGCAGCUGUGCAUUGAUCGCCCUGACACAGCUGUAGAGGACCUCCGGAGCCAUCAAUAGAAGACAGAGUCCAUAAAGCAAUGACGAUGACCUAUAUCUAUGGAUCUAUCAUCUACUAGAUCUCAAAAAGAAGGGUGGGGGAGGCACGCAUGGAUUGGCCCAUAAAGCUUUUACAUGUUGAUUCUAUGUAAGUGAGACUAGAAAAGAUGAAUAAUCUCAAUAUUGUAUGUAUUUGAUCAAACUAUGAGUUAGAGGAGGAAUGCCAUUUUACAUACUCACUUAUGCAGGGUCCAGAGAGGGUUGGAAAUAAGUCCUAUAUUUUACAUAUUAAACCUUAAAACUUGGUAAAUUAUUUUGCCUUGUGGAUAGUUUUUUCGUGCAGAAAAGGAGAUUAGGUAAAUUGUGUGAAGCGCCUGUUAUUAUGUAAAUUAAAUAUUGUAUUCACCAACCUUCGAGGCUGAUGUAGAAUGGAAGUUCAAAAUAGAAAUAGUGAUUUUCCACAACUUGUCUAAGUAAAUGUCAUUCACUAUCGACUAAAACAGUCACCUCAUAUCUUCAUCCUACAAGGCACGACCAUAAUAGACCCCUAAGAUCUUCAUUCUACUAGGCAAGACUAUAACAGUAUCCCUCAGAUCUUAAUCCUACAGGGCACGACCAUAAUAGACCCCUAAAAUCUUCAUUCUACUAGGCACAACUAUAACAGACCCCUCAUAUCUUCAUCCUACAAGGCACGACCAUAAUAGACACCUAAAAUCUUCAUUCUACUAGGCACAACUAUAACAGACCCCUCAUAUCUUCAUCCUACAGGGCACGACUAUUAUAGACCCCUAAAAUCUUCAUUCUACUGGACACGACUAUAAUAGACCCCUAAAAACUUCACUCUAUAGGGCACGACUAUAAUAGACCUUUAAAAAUUUAAUUCUACAUGCCACAUUUAUAACAGGCCCCUAAUAUCUUUAUUAUACAUGCCACGACUAUAACAGGCUCUUAAUAUCUUCAUCCUAGAAGGCACAACUAUAACAGGUCACUAAAAUCGACUAUAACAGACCUCUAUAACUGUCAGCCUACAGGUGACAACUAUAACAGACCCCUAUAAUCUUCAUCCUACAGACCACGACUAUAACAAGCUCUUAAUAUAUUCAUCCUAAAUAGCACAACUAUAACAGCUCUUAAAAACAACUCUUAAAAUCUUUAUUCUACAUGCCACGACUGUAACAGGCCCUUAAUAUCUUCAUCCUAAAAGGCACAACUAUAACACACCCCUAGAAUCUUCAUUCUACAGACCACGACUAUAACAGGCCCUAAAAUCUUUAUUCUACAGGUUAUGACUAUAACAGAUCUCUAAAUGCUUCAUCCUACAGGCCACGACUAUAACAGGCCCCCAAAUCUUCAAUCUACACGGCAUAACUAUAACAGACCACUAAAUUCUUCAUCCUACAGGCCACGUAUAUAACAGGCCCCUAAAAUCUUCAUCCUACAGGGCAUGAGUAUAGUAUAUCCCGCAGAAUGAAGAUCGCAGGGGCUUUUAUACAACUUUAAAUUCAAAGUCAAAGUUCAGGAAUGGUUUGUACACUGUGGGUGUUUAGGAUUCUGCACGCCAUAGUAGACAAAAAAACUGAGUGAGCUUUUUAUUUAAUAUGUAUAGCAAUCCUUCACAUCCAGUGCUGGAACUGAAGAGAUGA